GUGGGCGCCGCGAGUGCCCGUCUCGUUUGAUCCGUUUAAUAUAGACACGUUCACAAAUACGCGCAACACUACGCGGAAACUAUCACUUUCGCUACAAUCACGAUUGAACCAUGAUAACGCAGUGAAAUUUUACAUUUGUGCUCUUCCUGGACGUAACCACGACGGCAAUAGAAGGUAUCAAAAUGCCUCAGUGGGCCACGAGCGAAGGUGGCGGAUCUGAGGCGGCUUCUCCUGACCAGAAAUUGAUGUACUGUGAAGAUGAUGCCUCCGAGUAUUACGUCAAGCAAGGAGAGAUCGACAUUAAAAUAGAACAAGCUGGAGAUUUCUAUGACAGCAGUAGCGAUGAUGUUCCAAGGAGAGUUUGCCGACCGCGGCGAACGGCUGCCAGCUCUUCGUCUUCUGGCACUACCAGCGGUUCCAGCGGUCCUGGCAGACGACGCAGAUGCGGAACAUCAGCUCGCGAACGUAAUCUCCGAAGAUUAGAGAGCAACGAACGCGAACGCAUGCGCAUGCAUUCAUUAAAUCGCGCGUUUGAAGAUCUCCGUCGAGUGAUUCCUCAUGUAAAGAAAGACAAAAGGAGUCUUUCGAAGAUAGAAACCCUUACACUUGCCAAAAAUUAUGUGAAAGCUCUCACCAACGCUAUUUGUACGAUGCGGGGGGAAAUUCCACGAUACCAAUUCAACAGUGAUGAUGAAAACGUGGAACCCGUGUUUGUGCUCAGUCGGGAACAGGAACAGAACAACAACAUGCCCGAAGACGACUCACUCGUACCGGAUGAAUGUCUCUGACAUUGACGUUAUACUGACAUCUAUAAUACUCGCAUCUAGAGUACUGACAGCCUGUUACAUUAUGAACUUAGUUGUCUAUGACUGAAAAUACAAUUAGUAAAUAAUGUAACACGACCCACUGUCACCAGGCUCUCUUAAACUACGACUACCUGGCUAUUCACGGACUGAACAAACAUUAUUUUCCCUAGUCGUAAUCGCAUUAAAUGCUUUAUUACACCAAAAUGCUAUAAAGUCAUAAAAAUAUUGACGAAGUUAAUACAUAUUAAUGUUUGUCAUCAUAUUCAUAUUAUUUUUGUUACAAUUUUUCUGAAAGUUAAUUUAUAAAAAUUUUAAAAAUUACAGUUUUAAUAGAUUUUAAAACGGUAUUGCAUUAAUUUGCCAUAAAUUACACAGGGUAUAAAAAUAAUAUACCAAGGAGUACAAUGAACGGAGCGACAAGAUUUUAUUUUAUAUUUCUUUAUUAAAUUAUUGAGAAGAAAACCUUGUAAAAACCAUAAUUGUUAAUUUUUAAAUUUUAUGAAAAUCGUUGCAAUUUGUAUUUCAAUUAUGAAUCAAUUAAAUCGUCGGAUUAUUUUGAUUAUAGUCUCUAUAGUUGUACGAAGAUCUCUCCAGGGGUGCCAAUCAAAAUAAUUAUAAAGUCAACACAUUAUCAGAAUUGUGUUUUUCCUAAUGUCGCUUAUAAGACAGGUUGUUAUAGAAGAAGUGAUAAUUUUAUUUGUAUUAUUUAAUUCUAACUGAAGUAAUCUCACUUAAAAGUUACCGUAUGUGUUAGUUCAAAUAUUUGUCAAGUUAUAAAACAUUAUGCUUCUAGCAUUUUGUAUGAAAUAUUUAUAUGUAAACAUUUAUUAUAAUGUUCGACAUUGUGAUUUAGAUUAAUAUUAAGAUCUUGAGAUAUAUUAUUCUACUAUAUAUAUUUUUAAGUGCGACUUGGCAAAAUGAUUUAUUAUAAUA